AUGGGCGACCUGCGCCUCAAGCUGCGCGACAAGACCCGCCCCUUGACGCCCGCCGAGUACCGCGCCUCCCACUUCCCUCGCCGGCCUCGUCCUCCUCGCUCGUCGCCAACCCGAGCUCGAGCACCUGCCCCAGACCGCGACGACGACCUGCAAGGACCGCCCGCCAAGCGCGCCAAGUACGAGCCGCUCAGACAGCCUGGCCGCACCGACUUUCACGGACCCGACCCGGCCCUCAAGGCUCGCCAGCGCACGUUCGCCGCCCGCGACUUUGCAACGCCCUGGGCGACCGAGCAGCAGAUUGACGACUGGCUCGACAAGUACCCGGCGCUCCGCAAGCGCAACUUCUUCAUCGUCCAGGACCACCGUGCGACGAGCUGGCACCACGACCUGCGCCUCCAGCUCGACGGCGUCACCGUCUCGUGGGCCAUCCCGCGCGGCCUGCACGACCCGGACCGCGGCCACCGCCGCCUCGCCGUCGAGACCCAGCCCCACUCGAUCGCGUGGAGCCUGUGGGAGGGUCCGACCGUGCACAGCGUCGACAAGCCGACCGGCGUGUGGGACAUUGGGACGUACACGAUCCACGAGACCAAGGCGGCGAUCAAGCGCCGGGCGCCGACCUCGACCUCGACCAUCUACGCCGAGGAGACGCCGACCUCGCAGCUGUCCGAGGACGAGGACGAGCUGCAAGAGACUCGCUUCCGCAACGCCUAUCACGCGGCGGCGGGUCUCGCGACACCUGCAGCGCCGGGCGCACCUGGUUUGCCGGUCGACGACGUCUCGGGCCGCAAGCGCGGCUUUGUCGUCGAGCUUAACGGCGAGCGUUGGCGCGGCCUCAAGCUUCACUUUGUCCACGACCCUUACGAUUUCAAGAUUUCGAGGUCUCGAGAAGCCGGCAACGCGCUCAUCAGGGCCGCUCAAUGGUUCUUCACCUUCAGCUCGGCCGACGCGUCCAUCCACCUGCGCGACACCGAGUCGUCCACGCUCGACCGCACGCGCUCCCUCCUCACCGACCGCACGCUCGACGAGAUCCGCGACGACAGCAUCGUGCUCCUCGACGCGGCUGGUGCGCGCCGCGGUCCGACUCGCAGGGCGUACGACCCCGAGACGUUCAGGCGGUUCAGGAGGUUCAGGGAAAGGGACGCGGUCGCGGUCGAGGAGGAGGUCGAGGACGAGAUGACGCAGGCCCAGUGGGACGAGUUCUCGCAGGCCGACGGCGGCGAUGAGGGGCGAGCGUCGAGUCGAGGAAGGAGAAGGGUCCGUAGCUGAGCAGGACGGGUCGAGGGCGAGCUGCAGUGCCGUUUCCUGGCUCG